UGCUGAAAUAUUUUCGUCAUUCGAAACCCAACCGAUUGGUUCAGCAUCUUUGUCUCAGGUUCAUAAAGCUACAUUAAAUAAUGGCAUGGUCGUGGCAGUAAAGGUGCAGCAUCGUCUAGUGAAGCGCAACAGCAAUGUGGACAUCGCCACUAUGGACGCAUUGACUCGAGUCAUCAAACGUGUAUUUCCUGAUUUCAAGUUCAUGUGGCUUGCCGAAGAAAUGAAGAAAAAUCUGCCCCUUGAAUUGGACUUUGUGCAUGAAGGUCACAAUGCAGACCGUGCCCGCCGAAUGCUGUCUCAUUUCAAAUUUCUGAAGAUUGUGUGGAAGCUCUCUAGCGACCGGGUGCUUGUAAUGGAAUUCUGUGAGGGCGGUCAGGUGAACGACAUCGCGUACAUGAGGAAUCACAACAUAUCGGCUCCCGAGGUGUGCAAAAGGUUGGGCCAGAUAUACAGCGAGAUGAUCUUUGUUCAUGGAUACGUUCAUUGUGAUCCACAUCCCGGCAAUAUGUUGGUGUUCAAGCACCCUCAGCGAGGUGCCGAAAUCGUGCUACUCGACCAUGGACUGUACACGGUUCUUGACGAGAAUUUUAGGAUGCAAUAUGCUAAUCUAUGGCUCGGUUUACUCAGUCGUGAUCUCGAACGCAUUCAGUACUACUCCAGGUGCUUGGGCGUAGGCGAUCUCUAUCGGCUCUUCGCAUGCAUGGUAACGACACGUAGUUGGGACUCGAUAACUACAGGAAUUGAUAAACAACCUGUGACCGAAGAUGAGAACAUGAAAAUCGCGUCUGAAGUCGGCAACUACCUGAAAGAAAUCACAGAAAUUUUGAAUGGUGUUUCUCGUCCGAUGCUGAUGAUCUUAAAAACCAAUGACCUACUACGGAACAUCGAACGCUCGUUGUGCGUUGGCGGAAGCGCCUACUCUUUUACGCAGAUGUCAUUGUGCUGUGCUGCCGCCGUCCGAGAUUACAACGUCCAUAGGGCUGAUAGCUGCAACCGUUAUUUUCUUUCACAGCUGUCUUAUUUUGGCCAAAUUCUCCGAAUUUACAUUUAUGAGCUGAUUUCAAGUGUUUCGAUUUAUUUUCAUAAUGUUAUGCCUGGGUUAAAGAAGUUGCCAGUCUCUUAGCA